AUGCCGGGAUGUGUAGUUGGCGUGGGCGUCGCUAAUUUCCGUGCUGUCUAUCGAUCGUCAAGCCGAACUGCCUUGAACCCUCAUCGUGUUGUCUAUCGAUCGCCAAGCCGAACUCCCUUGAACCCUCACCGUGUCGUCUAUCGAUUGCCACGCCGAGCAUCCGUGAACAGCCAUCUGGUCGUGCAGAUCACGAACCCCAUUUCUAUUGGCCACAAGUUAAUUGCUCAUAAACCGGAUGAGUCAUGUUCAGACGCCUCAUAUGAGUGUCCACGAGCAGUGGGAGUUGAAAGUACCCGCGUCUUUGCCGUCACCAAUGAUUUCGCGUGUUCGUCACAGAAUGAGACGUCGUCCGGCGAUUUGUAUACUCGCGGCUUCAAGGAAACCGCGUCGCUAUGA